AUGUGUAAAUUUGCCGGCAUGCCUAGUAGAAUGGAGAAUAAGCUCUGGUGCGCCUUAUUAGUGCAUUGUGUUGGGUUAGUACUGGGUCUGGCCUUUGCUCGGACCGGCUACGACCGAUUGGGUUAUUUAGGAAUAGCGCUGGUUUCUUCGGGACUUCUGUUUCGAGUGUGGUACUCAGAUCCGGGGGUUUUGGCUAAACGAAAUGAGGACUAUAAACGACGAGUUAAGUUUGCCGACGGGGCCUAUGUUGUGCUAGAAGAAGGUGGGUCAAUGGUGGGGCGUAUUGUUACACUGGGGAAAUUGAAACAAGUAGAACCCUUCUGUACAUCCUGUGGUAUAUUUCGACCGGAACAUGCCUUUCACUGUCGCGACUGUCGGCGGUGCAUAGCCCGCAUGGAUCACCAUUGUCCUUGGAUUGGUAAUUGUAUUGGCGAGAAAAACUAUCCUGAUUUCAUGGCUCUACUUGGUUGUGAGACUUUGCAGGGGGUUUAUGCCAUCUUUUUGCGUUUGCGAUAUGGCUGGCAUAGUUUAGAAUGGAGUUGGCCUUGUUUUUGGUUUUAUGCUGGGCUUUGGGUGGCUUUGUUGUUGUUUUUGCUUAUCUUUGGAUUGUGGGGAUACUUUGUAAUUUUAAGUGCGCAUGGGAAAACAGCUAGAGCCUUUUGCCGGGAAAGAAAAGGCAAGAAAGAUGUUGGUGUGUAG